AUGCAUCACUUGCUAUCUCGGCCUGGCUCCUCUGCGAUUCGUUUCAUUGCUCACCCUCGAUCCUUCCUCCUCUCGAAUCUCCGGGCAGCCUCGGAUCCGAAUCAUUUUGGUCAAGUCCAUCACCUUCUUCGCAACACUGGCCUCGUUCGCUUGCAACUUAGCUUCUCGGAUAACGAAAGCGCCUACCUGCAAAAUCUUCUCCAAAAACUACAUAAGCACCACGGACAUGGUCUCCCGAUUACCCAUAGCGCACAGCGAGGGUGGAUGUGGGAUAUUCGGCCCAGCCCCGACAGUUUCCAGAGCCACCACUGUCAGGCCCGGUCAGAGACGAUGGAGGAAUUUCCCUGGCACACAGACUGCAGCUAUGAGCGCUGCCCCCCGCGAUAUUUUGCCCUACAGGUCCUCCAGCCAGACCGUUGUGGAGGCGGCACACUUUCCGUCUUGAAUGCCGACCGACUGCUGAGUCUCCUUUCUCCGGGCGCCAGGAAAUGGCUUUCCAGCCCAAGUUUUCGCAUUACCGUUCCCCCGGAAUUCACCAAGGAUGAAGGAGAGAGAUCCAUCCGGGGAAGCCUCCUGGCGAUUCAUCGCAGUGGCCCGCGUCUACGGUUUCGAGAAGACAUCAUCUCCCCUCUGCACCCAGCAGCGGAAGGUGCUCUGAUGGAAUUGAAGAGUGUACUACUUGAUCCCUCAGCUCAGGCACAGGUGGUAAAUCUUACCGCUCAUGAUCUGCCCCAAGGCUCAAUCAUCCUCAUGGACAAUGGCCGGUGGCUGCAUGCGCGAAAUGAGGUUAAAGACCCCCAGCGGCAUCUCCGAAGAGUCCGUUGGGAUGCAAAGCCUUUUUUGGCACAAAAUGUUGCUGUAUUGUAG